UCAGAAGUUCCGUCCGAAGGACUUGUGUUCGGUAUCCCCAUUUGUCAGUGUCUACAAAACGAGAGGUUAGUUAAACAGAGGUCGUCGGCUCUUUUGAGGGAAGCGCCCGACACUCCCGUGGCCAGUAGAAGCGAGGAGGACGUGUCAUCGGGAAGAGCACCAUCCAACGACACGGUUAGCGAAACUUCUGCGUCUUCCCUGGCCAGGACUCCGGACAGCGGAUCCAUCGAAUCUCUGUCUAUCGCCAAACACACCUGUCUGGACCUAGGUAGAUUGGAUAUCGGAUCUUCGGAUGGCUGGAGCCAGGGAUCUACCAAUAGUCUUUACACCAAUGGACCUCAAGUUCCCGCAGUCGUCAUUGCUUGUUUCAGACACAUAGAAACUUACGGGCUACACGUGUUAGGUAUUUUCCGCGUCAGCAGUUCAAAAAAGAGAGUGAGACAGCUGAGGGACGAUUUCGAUAGUGGCAAAGAAGUGAAACUAAACGAUGAGCAUCAUCCUCACGACGUUGCUCAACUUCUCAAAGAAUACUUUCGCGAUUUACCCGAACCUCUUCUGACCAGGGAACUCUAUCAAGCUUUCUUAUCCACGCAAAGACCCCGUUUGCCCAUAGGUCGAGUCGAAAUGUUGCAACUGCUGUUAAAUCUUCUGCCCGUUACAAACAGAGACACUUUGUGGGCCUUACUUAAUUUUCUAGUCAAAGUAGCGGAUAACUCUUCGGACAGACUAUCCGAAAACAAAGAAUUUUUACCAGGUAAUAAAAUGGAUUCUCACAACUUAGCUACCCUCUUCGGACCCAACAUUCUUCGUAUGACCAAAACCGGAAAAGACUACGAAUUCCUGGUCGAAAACGUCAGCAGGGUUCAAGAACGAUGCGACGUCAUUUUAGUUGUGAAGAGUCUCAUCGACAACAACGAAAAACUAUUCGAAGUUUCCGCGGAAAAUCUAGACGCGGCUUAUCGCAGAUUGCUGGUGGACGAUCCAGAAGCUCUGGACGUACUUCUUCGUCGCAGAUAUUACAGCUCACCAGACUACGACGAUAAAAGCAGCACUCUACCCAACGAAAGUCCACCCAUUGUGAGUAAGGAAGAAGAGAAUUAUCUCCGCCAGUUUCUAUCUAAAGAUCGAUCCAGAAAAAGGGAAAAGAAGUCAAAGGGAAAAUCGUCCAACGAACAAGGAAGGAAGAGUCUUACUCGACCUUUGACCCUGGCCGAGAUCUCUCGAGCCGAAGCAUCCAGCACCGAAAUGUCUAACAGUCCUUCAGAAUCUUUGGACAGUCCAGACGUGACCACGUCAUUUACGGUUAUGGUGCCUUUGUCGCGUGCCGACGGAGGACCCGUCAUAGUGCCUCAAUUGGAAAUCAGCGAAGCUUCGGAGGAUGAGAACGGCGAGAGGCACAAGAAGGGGGGAAAUCGCCCGUACGGCAAGAACAGGCAUCCCACCUCUCCUUCGUUUCACGUGUCGGACAUUAACGAAGAAGUGACUAUAACAAUCAAAAUGCCUCGCCGCAGACCGAAACAGGAAGAUCCUAAGACAAAAACGUCCGAAUCGGAUGUCGACAAAGUAUUGCCAAAAAGCGCUUCCACUUCUAUAUUGUCCGGACUGUCUCUAGGACACAGAGACAAAAAGAAUUCGAGAGGGGAAUCGACGGAACAUUCUAGUAGCAGAAUAUUACCAUUUUUCGGAAUGUCUUCCCCCAAACCGCUGAGGACCAGAAACGUGCAAAGUUCCGCCACCACAAAUUUUCCUUUGGAGAGAUGGAAAAGGAGGGAAAUCAUCGCUUCGGAAUACACGGAACAAACUUAAAUUCGUACAUUUCUAGAAUGUUCUGUGAUAGCGUCAUACCGAAACAAGUACAGUACGUAUCGUUCACGUGGAGGGCAAUUUUGCAUCGAUAAAGCGUCUUCGUUCUAUCUUACAACCAAAACGAUUCGGACGGCGUAAGCAAUACCUUCGUAAAACGAAUUUAAGAUGUACAGUACAUCCAUCACUUAUCAUUCGUACGAAAUUUAACCUCGUAAACGGUAAAAAUGACGUAAUAUUUUUAUUUAUUUUGACUUUAUCAGUAAAGAACACGUUGCACACUCGAACUACACCGUAAAUCUGCUGAGCAGAUGUCACCAGAUUUGUACACCACUAAUCUGAAUUGUUCCAUUUAAGCGCGACGAUCGUAUCGUCCAUUGUACAGUUUGUGUAUAAUGACCAGGGAUCAAAAUCCUUGUAAAUAUUUCUCGUUUGUAAUUGUGAAAAAUUUGGAAAUUACUCGUUAAAUACGGUCCUCUCCUUUGUAAGUCGCUUGUUUUAAAAAAUGUACAAAAAAAAAAAAGAAAAAAUCCCGAGUUUUAUACGAGUUUGCAUUUUUGUAU